AUGGCGGAGCGGCUCGCCGCGGGCCAGGCAGCGGGCCAGGCGUGUCCCUUCCUGUUCAAAAGGCCCAGGCGCAAAGGGGCUGCGGGCCUCCGCAGGCGCCCUGCCGGCGACCCGGAGCCCGGGGACGGUGGCAGCGGCGACGAAGGCGGCUCCGCGGUUCGCCGCGCCGAGAGGCGGGGGGCGGCCCCCGGUCCGUUCAUCCAGAGGACCCGCGGUGCCGGGCCCCGGGACGUGGCGGACUGCGACGCGAGGAGGAGCGAGGACGCGGAGGAGGCUCCCCGCGUGGUCUACAAGUCCACCCGCUCGGCGAAACCCGCGGGGCCCGAGGAUAUGGGGGCGACUGCCGGCUGCGAGCUGGACCCCGAGAGGGGGCGUGGCGCACGGGCCGUCUUCGAGCGCAGCCGGCAGGGCCAGGAGGAGCCGAGGGGCGAGGCGGACGACACCAUCUACCGCGGGGUCAACCACUACUGGCGGUACGUGAAGCCCAGGGCUGCGUCCGGCUCCCUGCGGAAGGGCCCCAUCCGCGCCCCCGAGCACCUACGAGCCACGGUGCGCUGGGAUUACCAGCCCGAAGUCUGCAAGGACUACAAGGAGACGGGCUUUUGCGGCUUCGGAGACAGCUGCAAGUUCCUCCACGACCGGUCGGACUACAAGCACGGCUGGCAGAUGGAACGCGAGCUCGAGGAGGGUCGCUAUGGUGUCUCGGAGGACGAAAACUACGAAGUGGGGAGCGGCGGUCAGCAACUACCGUUCAGCUGUUUCAUCUGUCGCCAGGCCUUCCGAAACCCCGUUGUCACCAAAUGCAGGCAUUACUUCUGCGAGAGCUGUGCGCUGGGGCAUUCUCACACCUCCCCGCGCUGCUGCGUCUGCGACCAGCUGACCAGCGGCAUCUUCAACCCAGCGAAAGAGCUGAUCGCUAAACUGGAGAAACGUCAGGCUGCAAAAGAGGAGCAGGGGGCAGUGCCAGAGGAAAGGGCAGAUGGCGAAGGAGGGUCCUGUAAAAGCAUCAGGAUGACCUGCAAAAAUCCGCAAGCAGAAAAGACCACCGCGGGGGGCUACAGAGAGCUGGGACAGGGUACCACCAAGAACUAA